AUAAUGGCAUUUGGACCUCCCAAAAACCUGCAUGGCCCCAAGAUGCAAACGAAGAUGAGCACAUGGACGCCUUUGAAUCAUCAGCUCAUGAAUGAUAAGGUAUUCGAAGAAAGAAGAAACUUGCUGAGGAAAUGGUUUGACAAAUGGACGGACAAUCAGAGGCGAAGACUCCUGAUGGACUUCUUAGAGCGCUGUUCCCUCUCCCAGCUGAAGUUCUGUUUCAAGCAGCUGCAGGAGCGAGUCCCGGUCGAAGCGCUGGAUUUCACCACCAAGCUUCCCAGGGUGUUGUCUCUGUACAUCUUUUCCUUCCUGGACCCUCGGAGUCUUUCCCGAUGUGCCCAGGUGAACUGGCACUGGAAAUACUUGACAGAGUUGGAUCAGAUCUGGAUGCCGAAAUGCCUACGUUUUGGGUGGUACAUCAACUUCUCUCCAACUCCAUUGGAGGAAAGAAUCUGGAAGAAACAUUACAUUCAGACAUUGGAAGAGUUCCAGGUCACCAGGCCUAAGACUCCUCCAAAAGAGGACUUUGUGGUGGCCGAUGUCCAGCCAAUAACGAAAGUGGUCCCGGAGAUGAAAGAUUCCCUCUUGUCAGUCCUCCAAUCGGCAUCUCUGUUUGGAAAGAAGGCAAACAAAGAGAAGAGAGACCUCCCUCCGUGGCGCUCUUCAGAUAAGCAUCCCACCGACAUCGUCAGAUUCAACUACUUAGACAACUUCGAUCCCAUUGAGCAAGCGAGACAGGCCAGGAAAAAAGGAGGAGGGUUCACUGCAGAACUUGGCCAGAAAAAAAGGAAACCGGGCAGCGGAACGUACAAACUCCGGAAAGCAAAGUCCUUGCAGCCUCCUGCUGAAUUGCCAAAGGCGCAGGAAUGUAGGAAUCAGAUGUCCCUCUCAGCUGACCUGGGCUCACAGGCAGAAGUUCCAUUUCGCCCAAACUGGGCUACGUAUGAGCCAACGGGCUACCCAGUGACCAAAGCUACGGCGAAGAUCCUUGCCCGGAGUGUCCAAUGGAAUGCUGGCAUACGGCCGGGACCUGCCCGAGGACCAAUCCCAAAGCUGAGUGAGAAGGGGAAGGCGGCCUUUGCACGAACCAGCAGAAGCUCACCAACAUCACCGCUCUUUAAAAGUCAGCCGUGGGACCUUCCCCUCUCCAGCUGCGGAUCUGAUGGAGAGCAAGAAGAUGGAGAAAGUAGGAUCUUCACAGCGUCACGUUGACUGAGUCUCCGAAAGGGAGAGGUGUUGGUUACCGUCCCUUCCUGGCAGUCAUGUGUCCAGAGCCACAAGGCAGCGUUUUUGAA